GCAGCUCGUCCCGGCCUUGCGGCCUGCGGGGGAGGCUGCCCGGAGGAGGCGGCGACGGUGGCGGCGGUGGUGCGUCCCCGGCCCCCAGGACCGCGGCUUCCUUCCUGCCAGGUCUGUCCAUCUGUCCAUCCAUCCAUAGGGGUCCGCAAUGGCCACCUUCAGCCGCCAGGAAUUUUUCCAGCAGCUGCUGCAGGGCUGUCUCCUUCCUACUGCCCAGCAGGGCCUUGACCAGAUCUGGCUGCUCCUCGCCAUCUGCCUCGCCUGCCGCCUCCUCUGGAGGCUCGGGUUGCCAUCCUACCUGAAGCACGCAAGCACCGUGGCAGGCGGGUUCUUCAGCCUCUACCACUUCUUCCAGCUGCACAUGGUUUGGGUCGUGCUGCUCAGCCUCCUGUGCUACCUCGUGCUGUUCCUCUGCCGACACUCCUCCCAUCGCGGAGUCUUCCUCUCCGUCACCAUCCUUAUCUACCUACUCAUGGGUGAGAUGCACAUGGUGGACACUGUGACGUGGCACAAGAUGCGAGGGGCCCAGAUGAUCGUGGCCAUGAAGGCGGUGUCUUUGGGCUUCGACCUGGACCGAGGCGAGGUCGGUGCGGUGCCCUCACCCGUGGAGUUCAUGGGCUACCUCUACUUUGUGGGCACCAUCGUCUUUGGGCCCUGGAUAUCCUUCCACAGCUACCUACAGGCUGUCCAAGGCCGCCCGCUGAGCCGCCAAUGGCUGCAGAAGGUGGCCCGGAGCCUGGCGCUGGCCCUGCUGUGCCUUGUGCUGUCCACCUGUGUGGGCCCCUACCUCUUCCCAUACUUCAUCCCCCUCGAUGGUGACCGCCUCCUUCGCAACAAGAAACGCAAAGCCAGGGGCACCAUGGUAAGGUGGCUGCGAGCCUACGAGAGUGCUGUCUCCUUCCACUUCAGCAACUAUUUUGUGGGCUUUCUGUCCGAGGCCACGGCCACGUUGGCGGGGGCUGGCUUCACCGAGGAGAAGGAUCACCUGGAAUGGGACUUGACAGUGUCCAAGCCACUGAACGUGGAACUGCCCCGGUCCAUGGUCGAAGUUGUCACGAGCUGGAACCUGCCCAUGUCUUAUUGGCUAAAUAACUAUGUUUUCAAGAAUGCUCUCCGCCUGGGGACCUUCUCAGCCGUGCUGGUCACCUAUGCAGCUAGCGCCCUCCUGCACGUGAGCAGGGGCUUCAGCUUCCAUCUGGCUGCGGUGCUGCUGUCCCUGGCCUUUAUCACUUACGUGGAGCACGUCCUCCGGAAGCGCCUGGCUCGGAUCCUCAGUGCCUGCGUCUUGUCCAAACGGUGCCCACCAGACUGUUCACACCAGCAUCGCUUGGGCCUGGGGGUGCGAGCCUUAAACCUGCUCUUUGGGGCCCUGGCCAUCUUCCACCUGGCCUACCUGGGCUCCCUGUUUGAUGUCGAUGUGGACGAUACCACAGAGGAGCAGGGCUAUGGCAUGGCAUACACUGUCCACAAGUGGUCAGAGCUCAGCUGGGCCAGUCACUGGGUCACUUUUGGAUGCUGGAUCUUCUACCGUCUCAUAGGCUGAGGCACAUCUGUGGACCCUCACAGCUCCCUCAAGACCCCUCCUCAGAGUGCCAGCUCUGAUGGGGGAUGAGGGAAGGCCCUCUCUCUAAUUCUUGACCCCUCUCCAUCCUUGCCCCCCCAACACGCCUACACAUACACACACACAAACACACAUACACCAUUUCCAUGCCUGUUGAUCCCCACCCCACCACAAGGCGGGAAGGGGGUGGUCCCUGCUGGGGCAUAGGGGUGGGGGAUGCUUGGGGAAGCAGAGAGGGGGAGAUCCGGGGUCUCCCCACCUUCCUUCU